AAACAUUUCUGAGGGUUGAUUCGUCAUGUUCCAACUCCUGGUUUAACCAGAACGCCAAUAGAGUCGAGGAUUGCUGCUUAGUGUUUUGUUAUUGGCUAGCGGUCACCUCAAGCCCCGCCUUUCCAUCGUACACCUCGAAGGAAGAUGAGUAACCCGCAGCUGGGACUGCUAAAUCAUGGCAACAUUUAUGGAACGAUUAGCCUUUCUUCAGAAAGUGCCCACCCUGAUGAAGGCUACAGCAGAUGAUGAAAACCCCUGUCCUGGCUACCUUUUCCAGGAGAUUGGAAAAAUCUCCCAUGAGUCUUCAGGUUGUGGUCAGUGUUUGUUGGAAUACCUCCUGGAGAGGCUACAAGUGGAGUCCUGUCAUGUCAAACUGAAGGUGCUGAAGAUCUUUGUCCACCUCUGUGGUCAUGGGUCCAACCAUUUCCUCACAGAACUCAGAAGGAACUCCACCUUCAUCCAGCAAGCAUCCGUUUACAGCGGCCCUCCUGAUCCCAUCCAUGGCACAGCAUUAUAUGAGAAAGUGAGGAAUACAGCACAGGAAGUGGCCCGCUUACUUUUCACAGAUGUCAUUCCCUCCAAAAACAGUAUCACUUCAACUAACCUUGCCCCCCCUACAAUGGGUAUGGGAUCGGCCACUUCCCACAGAUCAGGAAUGCAGGGUUUUGGAUACAGUCCAAGAAAGCAGGGGACAGGCAGCGACUCACUUCUGGAUAAGAUUCAGAAAGCAGCUGAGGUGGUGGCGAGCGCUGUCCUUCCCCCUACUGAGCAUCAGGGGAUCCGUCUCCAUGACAACCAUUACCGGGCCGUGGUGGCGCCUUCUGCACCCAUAGAGGUGGCCGUGCCAGCGUGUGCCUAUAAUCUGCCUGCUUGUAGACCGAAAGUGACUAAGUGGUGUCCGGGGCAGGUAGGAGGUGGCUGGGAAGAGACGGACAGUGGCAACAGCUCCUCUCACAACUCCUCUCAGGACAUCGCUGCCAAUAGCAGGGCGUCGGUGGGCAGCAAGUCAGCUGGCACAGGAAGCCAAUCAGGGGCCAGCAGAGAGAGCAGUGGGGACCUAUCAGAUCGGGUGGAGGCCUUGCAGCUAGGGGAUUGUGGUCAGGAGAUGGCACUCAUCAAUAAACUGACUGAAGGCUCCAAAGUUUUCCUUUCCAGAGAGGAGAGCCAACACUUCAUCAAAGAGUGCUCCAUUCUUAACUGUGAGGUUGUGGUGGAGUUGCUGUCUUGCAAGCUUCAAGAUCCUUCCUACACCAUUAAGAUGCGGGUGCUGUGUGCUGUCGCAUCCCUGAUGACCUCUGACCUCCUCUCUCUGGAACAAAUGUUUGGAGCCACACAGCACAGACUUCGCCAGCUGAGCGAGGGCCCUCCAGGACCGGUGGCAAAUAAAGCCACCAAGAUCUUGCGACAGUUUGAGGCUUUGAUGGGCGGAUCUCUGCAUGCUACCAGGCAGGAUGCAGUGAACAGCCAUCAGGCAACAGUGAAUCAGCUUCACACCUCUAGCAGCAAUUUACUGCCAACACACUUGUUUGACAGUUUCAAACUUCAACAGCCGGACACUUCAUCUGCAGGUGUCACUCAACCACCAAAGCACCCAUCUCCCCCUCCUAGUCAGGAUCUGGCUCUGAGCCACGAAUUAGCAGAAGAUCAGGUCCAACCAGUAAGGACAGGCAAGGUGAGACUGCAUGCUGAAGAUUCCGAGACUGUUCAAGAUAAAAGCACCCUUGCUUCAUGUGAACCUCAGAGUAAGCCACACCCCCAGAUCAGACUGUCUCUGUUCAGUGGCAUGGAGCUGGUGACCAAAGGAAAGCCGCUGUGUAAAAGUGAAACAUCACAUGAAGAAGUGGAGGAUAAAAUAGGCGACAGGAUAAAAGAGAUGGACGCUGUGCAUAAGUCCGAUUGUUCAGUGAACUCAUCUAUCACCAGUAAAACCAGUGAGGAUGUUCCCUCAGUUUGCAGUUCCUCUGCAUCUAAUUGCAGCCAGUCAGUAUCAGCUUUCUCCUUUCUCAACUUUUGAUUGCAGGCAACCGUUUAGAGCUGUUCUACUUUAAACCAAUGAUGUCAUCAUGCGUUGAUCCUUUUGGAAACCUGUUUAAUGUUCCAAACCAAGAUCCAACCAGUUAAGUUGUAAGUGGAUAGCAGAUUCUAAUUCAGUUUCUUUUCUUAUCUGUGUGCCUCUUCAGAAACUGUUUUUAAACAGCAAAUUGGGCCAAGAGUGAGAUUUGGGACUCAUAAAUAGAGCCUGCAGAUCAUGUCCAUCUAUGGAUGGUUUGUCUUCUUAAAGACAGGUCUUUGUCUGCUGCAAAAGUAUUUAAUGACUGAAGUUGUCUUGGAUAAGAGGUCUUUACUCUGCCUUACAAAGUCACAGGACAAUAACUGCAGAAAACAUGAAAUGAGAGAUCUUUGUAACAUUUACUUUAGAAAACUUAAGCUGUUUUUCCACCUCCGUAUCUUUAAUCCAAGACUCUUGUGCAGCUUUGCAUGACAUUACAGUUCAAAAUCACAUUUAUUUAUGUCAUACUGGGCCUCAGUGCAGCUCAUCAGUUCAUCCUCACCGUCAGAAACGAGCUGUCUUUUACUCUUCUGUGCUCAUGGCCAGAUCUGUGUACCUGAGGUGGUCUCAUUAGGGGUAUCUGCUCUCACUGAUGUCAUACAGAGACGGGUAGGAAAAAAAUGUUUCGAUCAAUCUGAAGCCUGAGCUUUUAGUUUACAAGAAUUACUUGAGCAAACACUGACCUCAUUAUUUGAAACUUCCAUCUGUUUAAGCAAAUAAAAAAACAUAAUGGGUCCCCUUUCUACAUAGUGCAAGGAAAGCACAGCCUUGACAUGUGUUAAGCAUGAGGGGGGGAAAAGAACUAAUGAAUAAAUACUUCUUUAAAAAAAAAAAGUCAUGGUUUAUGAAAAGGCUUAUUCAAUAUCUGGAAGGCUGAUCAAAUAAAAGUCCAAACCAAAGUCUAAGCGAGGCUAGUCUUCAGCAGCACCAGUUUUAGUUCCUGCAUCAUUUGCAAACAAAAAUGCUCCACCCUGCUACUUUUCCAUUUUCCCUAAAAAUGACACUUCUGUGAAAUCAUAAUGUUUAAAUAGUAAAAUGACAGAUUUAGGCCUAAAUUUAAAUCUAAUAAAGUACGCAGUUACUGUGUUUUGGCUUUGCGGGGCACACUGGUGGUUGCUUUUUCUCAGGAUUUCUUUUAUGUAACAACUUCCACCUCUGCAGCACGGCCUGAACCUCUGAGGGGGAGAACCUCUGUUUGAAAUUUGCACUACAGUCGCUUUUCUUAUGAACUCAAAUCAAAAGAGAGUUGUCUUCCAUUAUUUUUGGUACUAAGCUAUUAAGUCAUUGUAAAUGUUCCAAGUGUAAAUUUAGAAAUUUAUUUAUUAUGUCUGCUCUGUUGACUAAAAUGAGACUUGUAGAGUGCAUGAUUUAAAAAAAAAAAAAAACUUGGGGGAAUUAAUAUUUUUGGGUUAUUGUGUGUGCAUAACUAAUGUCUCGACUGUUUGAUCAUAUGUAAGCAGUCAUAAAGGAUUUCUCAUUUCAGCAAAGGUUUGCCUUCAUUGUUUCAGUUACAUAUUUAUUGCAGUGGAAUGUAGUUCAAACUACACGCCUAAAUCGUAAUUCAGUGUAAUUGUACUAUAAUGAACGCCACUGAUGUGUUUCAGUUCAGUGAACACAAGCCAAGCUGUUCAACAUGCAGGACAAUAAAGCAUGCUGUAUUUUUGUCACAGCACUAACCACUACGCAGUCUUGAUGUG